UGAAAGCCGGCAGUUUCAAUGUUCAACCAAGUACAACUCACACAGAUGGGUUCUCCUGAACGCGCAGCAUAAAGCCAAGCAAUCUGACGUGUUGUGAUACGUUAUUUCCCGUGCCUGCCAGCGUCAGCUCAAGUUCUCGAUACCAGUGGUUUCUGGUAAGCUGAGCAUAACACGUCCAGCGGCAGAUUCAAUGCCAUGUUUCGCAACCUCAGACUUCGACUCUCGGACAUACUGCACCUAUCUGGGCCUAGUGCUUUCGCCAUUAGCAUCAUUUUGAACAUCUUCACCAUACUGCGCUUGCAACACAAGUCUGUCGAUGAUAGACAGUACUCUUAUAUCGGUGAUGAUCAUCCAAUCAAAUUACCCCUCGACUUGGAUGUCGUUGCAUUGACGUUUGAAGACUCAAAGUAUUACAGUACAUCGGGGCUCACGGCCUGGUCGGAGUGGAAUUUGCUCGAUCACUUUCCACAAGGCCACGGAUUCGUGCGUCUAGGACCAAAUGGGCGACUAUUUGGUGUCUCUAUGUUUCACCAGCUUCAUUGUCUACAAAUGAUACGACUAGCCCUUAUUGAUGGGCCCAAUGACCAUAGUGGCCACUGUCUUAACUUCUUGCGACAGGCAAUUCUUUGCAAUUCGGAUACUACCCUUGAUCCGGUCUACACCAAUGGAUCGAUAUCAGGCUCAGACGGCUUGGGUGUGACGCAUAUAUGCCGAGAUUGGUCGCAGGUUUAUGCAUAUAUUGAGGAGAACCAGAGGGGCCCCUGGUGGGUAGAGCACAAGGCAGAGAUGUAAUCAUAAUCAUAACGCGAAGUCAAGUGCACGGGAGAAUCUGAUCUAGUUCCACCAGCGAUAGAUGUG